AUGGAAGCUGCUCGUGUGGAGGAUAUACGUGUCAAGUGGGAGGAGAACUGGAAACACUUUCCCGAGCGGCACGAGCAACUGCGCAUCACAGAACUCAUCAAAUCUUGUGCCAUCCACAGUCAAUUCGAGAAUCUUCCAUUUCUGUUCCCCCGCUUUUUGUGUGCCCUGUCCUUCGUCUAUCGUGAAUUGCAGAAGCCUCGUUUGAACUUCACAGAAGUCCUUUUUCCACGCGUCACCGAUGCUAUAAAAUUUCUGAACGACAAGGACAAUUAUCCGUGUCACUCGAUGAAUAUGACUGAUGUGGUGGCAAUGGUACCCGGACGGAUUUACAGCGGUUGUGUGGAUGAUACGAACACCAUUGCCUUCAGUCAAUUCUCCUCAGCUUUCGUGAUGACGCAUCCGUUCCCCGACGUCUCCAAGAAGCCGUGUCCCACCACCUGCGAGCUCCGUUCGAUUCUCCUUCAACACAAAAUCAUUUACCAGCAUGAAGAUUGUUGUUGUGACGGCGAGAUGUGUGCACUUCUAGUCUUCACUCAGACGACGUCGCUGACUCCGUUGAUCAUGAAGACGAUUGAUUUGAGUAAGGAGACGAUGGUAGCACUGCCGACGACGUCUACGCCGAAGCCAACCGGCAUCCGGAGAAGAGCCACAGCGACUACACCGGCUUAUAACUUCAUUUUUGGGCGUCGAUGA